AUGGCCUCCCUUCACUACCUCCCUCCCGUCAAGCCUUCGGCCAUUGCCCUCGGCACUGCCUUCAACCACGCCGUCUCUCUUGCAGUCCUCGGCCCCAUCUUCGGUGAUGCCUACCGUCGCGCCCAGCAAGCAAACUCCAAGGAGGAGUACUUCCACUCCAAGGAGGCCGCCACCGCCGCCGCUUCAUGGGGAAGCUCCAUCCUCGGCUCCGGUAUCCAGGCCUACGGUGUUGGUGCUCUCAUCAACGCUACCGGCACCCUCACCUACAAGGGAGCUGCCUACCUUGGUUCUUUGAUCUUCUUUGCUUCUGCUGCCCCAUCGAUUGUCUCCCAAGUCGUCACUGAGAAGCGACCCAUGGACACGAUUGCCAUUGGUGCCGUUGCCCGCGUCCUCGAGACUGUCGGCCUCAGCAUGUUCCUCACCUACUGGGGUACCCGCACCAACCCCUUCGACUAA